AUGUCAAAUUUUGAAGUGGUUUGGGAUAAGUGUUGGCAAGAACUUUCUGAUGAUAUUCUCUACACACAAAGAGGGCAUUUAGAUUACCCAGAUGAUCAGAAGAAAAAAAAUCUAACACUUGCUGAGAUUGAGAAACUGCUACAAAACAAUGGCAGGAGUCUACAUGAUUUUGCUUCAAUGCCUUAUCCUUUAGAUAUUGUCGUGGAAGACACAAAUCAAAGACUGAUUAUAGAGGAAUUGAAUUAUGAUAGAAAGGAAAUGCGUAAAUACUUGGUCCAAUGUCUCUCUUCAAUAGCUAACGAACAAAGGCAUGCAUAUGACAAAAUAGGUAAUGUCGUGUAUGGAAAAAUAUGUGGAUUUUUCUUCCUAUAUGGCUACGAUGGGACGGGAGGAAGGGCGGCACAUUCAAGGAUCAAGAAUCAUAUACCUAUAACUGAGGAUUCAACAUGCAACAUAAAGCAUAACAGCCCUCGGGCUAAAUUGUUCAUCAAGAUGAAACUGAUAAUUUGGGACGAAAAGCUCCUAUGA